GAAAAAAACAACAACAACCAGCAAAGACAACAAUAAUCAGUCAAUAACACAAUUUCUGUUUUUCAAUCAUUUCUCAAUAAUAAAUCCAGUGCCAAUAUCGAUCGAUAUCAUUUAUAUUAUAUAUAUGGUUCCAGGUGUUUGGAGUACCGAUUAUAUUCCACGUGGUACACGUUUUGGACCACUUGUUGGUCAAAUUUAUGGCCGUGAUCAAGUGCCAGAAAAUGCAUCAAGAAAAUAUUUUUGGAGAAUUUAUAAUAAAUUAUCAUCAAUAUCGACAACAACGAAUACGACGAUAAUUGAUGAUAAUGAUAUUAAUGGAAAUGUAAAAACAAAUAUAAAUGGAACAAUAGCAAAUACAACUACAUCGAUAACAUCAAUAUCAUCUUCAUCAUUAUUGUCAUCAACGACGACGACGACGACGACGACGACGACGACAACAACAACAACAAAUACCGCUGUUGGUAAUGAAGAUGUUUGUUGUCCAAAACUAUCGCCACCACAAUCGCCAAUAUCAUCAUCACCAAAAGGUGAACCAUCAUCAACAUCAUCUUCGGCAACAAUUUCAUCAAGUGGAUGUACACAAAAUGGUUCAUCAUCAUUACAAAUAAAUUCCAAUCAUGAAACACUGCCAGCAAAAUUACAACAAAAAAAUGAUAAUCAUAACGAUGUUGAUGGUGAUAAUAAUGAAUGUAAAGAAUUCAGUGAUGAUUAUUAUUAUAUUGAUGGUGCUGAUCCUGAUCAAUCAAAUUGGAUGCGUUUCGUGAAUCCAGCAUAUUCAUCUAUUGCACAGAAUCUGGUUGCUUGUCAAGUUGAACAGGCAAUAUAUUUCUAUACAAUAAGACCAAUACCACCAGAUCAAGAGCUAUUAGUAUGGUAUUGUCGUGAAUUUGCUCAACGAUUAAAUUAUCCAUUAACCGGAGAACAGAUGAUGUUACGUAUACAACAACAAAAUCCCAUUGUAGAUACAAUAAAAUUUGGUAAAUCUCAAACAUCUUUUGAUGUUUAUUUGAUUCCGAUGAUGAUAAUGAUGACAAUAAUGGAAUGAUUAUCGAUGAACAAGACCGUAAUAAUGAUCGUAUGGAAUCUGAAAAAACGGUUGAUGUUACAAUGAAACAAAAUCAAAUUGAAAAUGACGAAGAAGAAGAAGAAGACGAAGACGACGACCACA